AGUUGGGGUUCGCAACGCGGACCUUCCACUUCAAAGAGAUGUUCUAGUUCACUUUUCCUAGUCGGAGGUCGGAAAGUUGCCUCCUUCGAAUGCAGCGUCAGGAAGUGACGAAUGGAAAUCGUGCUCCACGUUUGAUCCAGUUGAGUUGCCGUACCACAUCUCCUGCAACUUGGUCAUAUUGGCAACGAUCUCAAUCUAGCUGGACCCCUCAGUGUCUCGACAAUGAGUGGAAUGAGAACCAUCGUGGGCACGACGGGCAUGAUUGCAAUGUUGGGGCUCGGCUACGGGAUGUGGGCGCUCAUUUCCCCGGGAGAGGAGAGGCGAAAAGAAAUGAUCAAGAAUCUGCCCGAGUCAAACCCAAUGAGAAUGGAAGAGACAAGGAAACGAAAUGCUCUCGUAAUGCAGACACUCAAGGAGGCUGCGGAAACCAAUGAAAAUCUUGCAAGAGGAUUGGGAAGAUCUGCAAAAUAGACUUGACACAUUUUGUGAUUUGUAGUCAUAUUGCUGAACUCUGCAGCCAGAGAAAGUAGACAUUGGAUUGUUCAACCACUGUUAAGUAUGGAGUAUUUGACGAAUACAUUAAAACUAUAGGAAAAUG